AUGAAGAGGGUGGAUAAGACUUCUUCAUCUUAUGCUCUAACUAAGCUGUUUUAUUCUGACUCUGUCCUUACAGAACUCAUACAGAGAGUUAAAGAGGAACAUAAAGCCAGUCUGAAGAAUAAGUUUAGGUUUGUGUUUGAAGGCACUGAAGAGGAAGAAACUUCCCUGAACAGCAUCUACACACAGCUCUAUAUCACACUGGGAGAGAAUGAAGGAGUUAAUAAAGAACAUGAGGUUUGGCAGAUUGAAUAUACAUCCAGGAGAGAAACAUCGUCAGACACUCCAAUCAACUCUAAUGACAUAUUCAAACCCUUAGCUGGACAAGAGAACGAAGAGAAGAGACCCAUCAAAACUGUGCUGACAAAGGGCAUUGCUGGCAUUGGAAAAACAGUCUCCGUGCAGAAGUUCGUCCUUGACUGGGCCGAAGGAAAAGCCAAUCAGGAUUUGGAUUUCAUCUUUGUGCUCCCUUUCAGAGAGCUGCAUUCAAUCAAAGAUGAUGAAUUAAGUCUUCAUGGACUUAUAAAUGACUUCCACCCUGAACUUACAGAGAUAGAAAACGCAAAGAUAUAUGCUACGAGCAAAGUUCUGUUCAUCUUUGAUGGUCUGGAUGAAAAGCGACAUCCACUAAAAUUCAAUACCAAGAGGGUGACUGAUGUUACAAAGACAGGUAACAAUGUAGAUGUAUUGGUGACAAACCUCAUUGAGGAGAAGCUGCUUCCCAAAGCUCUGAUCUGGAUAACCUCUAGACCUGCAGCAGCCAAUCAGAUUCCCCGUAGAUACAUCAACCUGGUGACCGAAGUACGAGGGUUCGAUGAGCGACAGAAAGAGGAGUACUUCAAGAAGAGGGUCAAGAAUGGGGAAGUGGCCAGAAGAAUCAUUGCACACAUUACAACAUCAAGAACCUUCAAAAUCAUGUGCCACAUACCAGUCUUCUGUUGGAUUUCCGCUAAGGUUCUUGAGGAACUGUUGAGAGAAAAUGUGAAUGGAGAAAUCCCUACAACUCUGACUGAGAUGUACACUCACUUUCUGCUCAUUCAAAUACAACUGGCACAAAAGGAUCCUGGGCAUGAGAGAGAUAAACAGAAGAUCUGGGAAUCAAAUAAAGACUUCCUUCUGAAACUGGGAAAGYUAGCGUUUGAACAUCUGGAGAAACGCAAUCUCAUGUUCUAUGAGGAAGACCUGAAUGAAUAUGGCAUUGACAUCAGUGAAGUUGCAGUCUACYCUGCGUUGUGCACAGAAAUCUUUAAAGAAGAGAAGGUGUACAAAAAGAAGGUGUACUGCUUCAUGCAUCUGACCAUUCAGGAGUUUGUUGCUGCCCUCUUUGUUUUCCACUGUUUCACAACCAAGAGCCUCAAGACGUCAUCGAGCCUCAGGUCUUUCCUGAUGGAAGGUUCAGAACCAUAUCUCAAAGCUAUAUUGGAGAAGGAGCCUGUAGACCUUCCCUUGGAUGAGUUGGUGGAGAUUGCCAUGUACAAUUCUGUGUCUAGAGAAAAUGGAGAGAUGGACAUGUUCCUCCGCUUCCUUCUUGGAAUGUCUAUGGAAUCYGUUCAGUGCCUCCUACAAGGCCUGCUGCCAAAGACAGAGAACAGUUCAGAGAUUGUUAAAGAAAUGAAGAUAAUACUUAAGGAGAUGGAUCUAAUGGAUGUCUCCCCUGAGAGGUGCCUCAAUCUCUUCUCUUUGACUGAAGAAGUUAAAGACUAUUCCCUACAUGAAGACAUUCAGAGAUAUCUGUCAGAAAAGGAAGCAGACAGAGAGCUCUCACCCGCUCAUUGCUCAGUACAGGCCUAUGUACUUCUGAUGUCAGAGAAGGUGUUGGAUGAGUUUGUCCUGAAGAAAUAUAAAACCUCCCAAAAGGGKUUUUUCAGACUUCUUCCAGCUGUGAGGAACUGCAGAAAGGCAAUGUAAGAAAGAUYGUCAAAAUUCACACAUUCCAAAUAACAAUGAAUAUACUGAAUUGUUAUUGUUUUCAUUACCCAUUACCUCUUUGACCCGAACUGCAAUAGGCAURCUGUUGAGAAAUCAGCAUAGUCUGUAUUUGGAUGGCUGUUAGUAUGGAACGUAUGCACUGGUGUAGCUCAGUUUCUCCGGACCCCCAUAAAGUCGGCAUUUAGGACCCCCCCCAAUGAUGUGGUUAUCUUCGGUAAUAUGGCACGACCUUGAUCAGAUAAAGCUUUUGUGCUGCGUUUUUGUGCACAACUUGGUCUUACCUUUUGUUUAUCCAUCUUGGACAAUGCACUCACUCUCCAGCCGAGUCCGACCUGAUUCACUAACUUUUWAAAAACUUGAUAGCAAAUUAACUGAGGAAGCAGAGGCAGGCAGCAAUUAGAUGCAUGAAAACGAUAUUGUCUGAUUCACCUACCACCCAUGUAGAUUGGACACCGUGCUUGCUACAUGUGGAAAUUAAAAAGGAGGGUUACUGUCAAAAUUAUUUCUUUAAAUAUUUUUAUAAAAUUCAGACACAGGUGUGAGAUGACGGGCGCAUGGGCCCCCAGAGUAUACUAGACCCACUUAAUCUCGCACGCCCAACUAUAAGAGGUAGGCUACUUAACUGAAUGUUAUUUUCUUAGCCAGGCCCAUCUCUUCAAAGAAAACACAAUUUAAUGAUAUCUCUACUUGAGCAAAAUAAUUAGUUUUGUUGUGAUCACAAGAAAAUCCUAAUAAUUUAGGUAAAUAGCGCCACAGUCAGGGAGAAAAAUCUUAAUGUUCAAUCAUAAAGUGAGAACAAUUAGUUUCCCUGGCUGAUAUGGCUGCUACUUUAACAG